AUUACUCAUGAUGACGUCAGGAAAUUAUCCAACUUUUUCUCAGCUGUUCUUGGAAGGGAGCGCCUGCAAGCUACCUUUGUCGUCGAUGAUUAUUAAGCGUUUGAGGAACAGCAACCGUAACAUCAGCAGCGAAUUGGCUUGUUUACGACUCUUGAAUUUGCAGAGCUGCACGGACAGUUGAGAGUUGAUUGAAAACAAGUGUAACAGCUACCUGUCGGUGUAGGCACCGUUUUGGAGCCAAUUCACAGCAAUGCUUGCAAAGCUGUGGAUAUUUUCGCUCUUCUGUUUGACCUAUGGAAGUUGUGCCAACUUGAGAAAAUCUUUCCAGGAAGUGAACGGCACUGUCAUUGGUAACCGCACCUUCAAUCCCGCAGAUGGUCCAUACCUGGUGACAAGUGACUUGGUUGUUACCCACAAUGCAACUCUUACCAUAGAAGCAGGGAGUGAAGUGCUUUUCGUUCCAACCGUAGGGCUUCGUGUUCACGGAUCUUUACACGCAAGGGGAACGCAUUCAAAUAGAAUAACGUUUCGUGCACUUCCUUGUAAUGAAACAGUUCUUUGCAACAACACCAACCUAUACAGAUUCUACAACCCUGGGAUUAGGCUUGCUGGUGGCACCUCUCCCAGCAACGGUCGCUUGGAGCUAAAAUGGAAGGGACAGUGGGGAACUAUAUGUAACUACUAUUGGGAUUACAGAGACACUGCAGUGGCUUGUAGACAACUUGGCUUCCUCGGAGCUAAGAGGUAUUACACAUAUCCCGGAAGUGGCCCCGUCUACAUGAGGGAUGUGAGCUGUAAUGGAAAGGAAGAAAGUCUCUGGGAUUGUGGCUACAAUUGGCGUUCGUGCUAUCAUUCCUACGACGUUGGAAUUGAGUGUGACAUCCUGAUGCCUUUCUUGACUGAGACGGUUUUCUGGAAAGGUAUUUACUUCGGACCGACAAAUUUUACCGAGAAACAAGGAAACUCAUCCUUGGAGAAUGCAGAUAUAGUGAAUGCUUUUGAAGGGAUCAAAGCACUUAAGAAGGUACCAGAUUUACUAAAUGUUACAAUUAGAGAUGGAGCUUCAGGCCUGCUGGUGAAAGAACUUGAAAAUCAACUAGCAAUAAUGGAUACGACCAUCUUGCGAUCAGCGUUGGCUGGUGCAAAUAUUGAGAGUUCUGGAGGGCAUGUCGUAAUUGAAAAUACCACCGUGCAGAAUACAAGCUUUGGAGAUGGACUUGUUUACAACCGGAUUCUAGAUGCGGUGGAUUUCUGUUCAAUCAUCCCAGAUGCGGCCUCUGUGCCUUUUGUUCUAAAGGCAACAGGGAAAGCUUUGACGGUUAACUGUAGCAAGGUCUUCAGAGCGCGACCUGGAAGAACACUUUCCGUGCAUUUACGGUCGAUUGUAGGAAGUGAAUUUGAGCUCAACAUUACAGAUGGAAGUGCACACAACAACAACGUACUCAUCAAGAUUACAGAUAAGUACAAUGGAAAGACGGUAAAAACUGCUUCUAGUUGUGUCUUGGAAAUUUCUUUCUAUUCUAAAGGCAAUUCCAAAGUUCCAGCCAAUCUGGAAAUGAUCAUAGUGGAAGAUCAAGGGUCGCCUCCAUCCCUUCUAAUAUCAAAGAGUACUUUUUCCAACAACUUUAAAACCGGAAUUGCAGUAUAUGACCUGAUGGGCUAUUUUCAAAUUUUUAACACGGUGACGUCGAAAAACGGUGGUGUUGGCCUACAUAUAAGGCGAGCACACGGUAGACUCCAUGUCGUAUCAUCUGUGCUUGCUGAUAACCAAAAACGUGGCGCGUACAUUGAGAAAAUGUCGGGAUCAGUGGUACUUGAAACUGUCACAUCCUCGAAAAACCACGAAUCAGGAAUGGUAAUCGAGUCAGGAACGUUAUCUUUCUUAAUGACUGACAGUCACGUGAACGAGAACCUGGGUGAAGGCUUAUACAUCUCAAACCCACUCGACUCUAUUAUAAAUAUCUCCAACACAGAGUUUCUUCGCAACAGCGGAGGCCAAGGAGUUUAUUUCAAGGACUUCCGUGAAGAUUGCCAGAUUCUUCUUUCAGACAUAACUUCACUUGGAAACUCACAGAACGGUGCUUUGUUUGAAAGAGUAAGAACCAAGAGUAUGAACGUAACAUCCUCCUCGUUUGACGGAAAUACGUUACAUGGCGUACAUGUUAAAGAGGUUUUCACGGGUAGCGUUAAUUUGCAGGAAAUUUCCACAUCUUACAAUUUGAAAACAGGCCUGGUUUUCUACCAAGGAGUCAGCAGCAUGAACAUAGAAUCGUGGUCUUCCAUUGGUAACCAAAUUGAU